AUGGCCCACAAAGCGCUGAAGAACUACUGCGUCAUCCAAGAGAUGGUGAAGAAGAAGGCCGCGAAGAUUGAAGUGAACCAGGAGGAGGUCCAGAGGCUGAUGCAGGCCACCACGGCGACACCGAGGUCGAAUGCGGACAAAAGCAAGUUGCCGCCGAGUCCACGCAAUGGCAUCGGGGCCUCCGCGGAAGACAAGCGCGCAUACCAAAGAACGGAAGCCAUCCGGAACUUGAAAUGGAUUAGCAAUUGGGAUGCUACCGACGUGCAGCAGCUGAAGGAGCUUCACGUCAGGGCCACGAUCAUGAACAAGCGGUUGAACACCUUGGUCGAGUUCGUGACCGAAAACGGCGAGAUUGACUGGAUGACGGUCGAGCCGAAAGAGCCCUCGAAGGGCAUCAAGAGCAAGUUUGUCAGUGGCGUGAAGUUUGCGAGCAAGUACACGGCCAAUUUCGUCAAGCAGCUAGGGAAGAAUACCAUCCUCUUCUUCACCAACUGCUGGCAAAGCUUCAAGCUGCGCUUGGCAAACUCGGAGCGGAAGUGCAAGGAAGACGGUGAGAAAGGUGCCUUGAAGGCUGCCAAGAAAGGCGGACUUCACACCAGCACCAAGGAGGACAGCAUCGAAAAAACCGUGAAUCAGCUCAGCAGCAUGGAUGCUGAUGACUUGAACAUGGAGAGCACAAAAGUCGAGCUUGCGAUGGGAAAUGCGGUCAGCGAUGCGGCGCAAGGUGCCAUAUCCGAGGAUGCUGCCCGACAGAAGAUGGGUGUCGCCAAGGCGACAGCCAAGAGCCUGCACAAAGACCUGAACGCAGGAAAGCUCGAUAGCAUUGACGAUGCCGAAGACACGAUCGAAGCUGUCGAAGAGAGUGUGUGUAAAACUCAGCGAAAGACUGCUCUGCAGACCCUUCAGGACGUCUUCAGGCAGACCCGUAGCGCUUUCUCCUCGGGCCUGAAACUGGCGGCCCCAAAUCUUGGCAUCCGUGGCGUGGGCGUCUCCGCAGCGGGCCUUGGUGCGGGGCUCGAGGAGGUGAUCGACUUCCGGAACCGCGAGAUUGCGCAGUUCAAGUGGGGAACUGGUUUCUUCGGACCCUCCGUGACCGGCGUGAGUUUAGGUGGCUAUGCCGGUGUCGGAUGGAAAGGCUACAAGCAGAACUGGACUCUGCAGGAGGCGUACGUGACAGGCCUCUACACCGGCGUGGGGCUCUCACCCUCCAUCUUCGGCCUCAACGCUGGCCUGAGCAUUACGUUCGCCACCGACGCUGACAACUCCAUCCCAGGUCCAUGGAUUCCGGAGCCACAUGGAGUCAACGGCAUCACACUGGGAUGGAGCGCCGGCGCGAGCAUCACAAAGGCGGUAAUUCCGAUGUCUGCGGAUGUCGGGGCGUCCUACUACUGGUAUCUGAAUUCGGAGUGCUUCGGGUCACUAUCCGAAAUGAUCAAGUAUAUCUGGGUGCCUCGCUGCAAGGAUUGCCAAGGGGUCACCGAGAACGCCAAGAUCAUGGCUCUGCGUCUCAGCAUUAACUUGCCCUCCUUUCCCUUCAUCAGCGAAACUGCCUUCUCGCUGUUGGCUGCCAUGUAUGACAAGUUCGUCCGCGAGCCGGGGCACCGGCCGACUGAAUGCUCCCCUGGAAGCGUUACCCUGCGGAAAGACGCCAGCCACCUCAUCCGGCAAGUUGGCGAGUUAAUGUUUGAAAACGCACGGCUCCUGGAGGAUUUGAUAAAGAAGAUGGACGUGUCGACAUCGCAGAUGGCUAUUGCGGAGAAAUACAACCCCACCUUCCAGCAGUCGCAAGAGUAUGCGAACUGGCUCAAGGCCGCUACCGAAGACUUCGACACGUGCUCGACCAUUGGGCCCAUCAUGCAAGUCCAGGCUGAGGACGAGGAGCAGGUGAUGAAGGAGUUGUCAGAUGAGGACCUGCUCGGCCUCUGUGAGACCUACUCCAAGAACUACGCAUUGAACAUCAACUGCCAUGCACCGGGAGAGACCCGGGCUACGUUGGAGGAGCGGCUAACAAACUACGAUGAACUGAGCAAGGGCGGCUUCUCCGUCCAGGAAAUGGGCAACUUGAUCCAUGACGUCCGCGCCACUUCACCAGCAGGUCGUGCCUUACAGGCGCAAAAAGAAAUUUGCGAACAAGCGUCGAAAAGUGGCCACGACGACUGCUUGUCGUCGCUGAAUGUCCUGAGGAUCAUGAUAAAUAACAUCGAUCAAGACUCCAUGCUCAAGCUUUGCGAGAGCAAGGGCUUGGUCUGCAAGAGGAAGUCGACUGCUCUCGUCUGCAUCCGGAAGUGCUCCACUCCCUACGAUCUCGAAGCGCUGGCACUGAAGAUCCUCGUGGCAGCCGGGGGAGGUGCCGCUGACAAAGCCAGCUCCACCGACCCCUUCGGCACUUGCACAAGCAACCUCGACUGCUGGUUGGAGAACACCGAGUGCCUCGGGGACGAUGAGGAGCGGUACUGCCAGUGCAAGGAAAAUCACUGCUACAGAUUGGUGCAGAAUGCGUCCAACCCUAUUGACAAGUCCGACUUGAUUCCGGCCUGCGAGGCGCGCUCCAAGGAGUGGCGCGAGAUUCAUAGCCAAGUCAAGCGGAACGCCCUGACCUAUCGCUACUCCUUGGGCCAGAUGGUGGGCCGAUUGAAGAGUCUGCCUAACUGGUGA